AUGAGAAUGUGGGAGGCCUCACCCUGGUCCCUGCUGUGCGUUCUUACAGGGCUGUACGCGCUUGUGUUGGUUGCAAGAAUACGAAGAAAACCAAAGGCGAGGGCAUACAGGUUUCCUCCAGGGAGGAGAAGCUGGCCUCUAAUAGGCGAUAGCUUGCAGUGGUACAGUGCGGUGGCAAGCUCUCAUCCGCCCAAGUAUGUUGAAGAACAGGCCAAAAGGUACGGGAAGAUCUUCUCGUGCCGUGUGUUCGGGAAAUGGGCAGUGGUGUCGGUGGAUCCCGUGUUUAACCGAUACGUUAUGCAAAACGAAGGCAAGUUGUUCAAAUCCAGCUACCCCAAAUCUUUCAGAGAUUUGGUAGGGACCAACGGUGUGAUCACAGCACAAGGGGAACAACAAAGGAAACUCCAUGCAAUGGCCUCCAAUAUGAUGCGCCUACAUGACCUCAAAUUUCAGUUCCUGCGAGAUAUUCAGAUCAUAAUCAUUCAAACCUUGGCCACUUUCCAUAACGGCCAACUCAUAUGUCUCCAAGACGUUUGCAGGAAGAUAGCCAUUAAUCUAAUGGUAACUCAGGUACUAGGAGUGUCGAGUGAAUCAGAAGUGGAUGAAAUUAGUGGGUUAUUUUACGACUUCGUGGAUGGCUGUUUGUCUGUUCCUAUCAACUUUCCUGGCUUUGCCUAUUACAGGGCGAUGAAGGCGAGGGAGCAAAUGAUAGGCAAAAUAAAGAAGAAAAUAGCGUGGCAUAAGGCGAGGAUGGCAGAGGGAAGGAGCGGGGAGGGAAUGUUGGGAGGAGUAUUGGAGGAGCAGAAGUUGUCGGAUGAGGCAGUUGCUGAUUUCAUUAUCAAUCUUCUUUUUGCUGGGAAUGAAACCACAUCUAAAACAAUGCUUUUUGCAGUCUAUUUCCUAACCCACUCACCCACAGCAAUGAAGCAACUUGUGGAUGAGCAACAGAGUUUAACAAACAACAAUGGGGAUCAUACAAUCACAUGGCAGGAUUACAAAUCCAUGCCCUUUACUCAAUGUGUUAUUGACGAGACACUUCGACUCGGAGGAAUUGCAAUAUGGUUGAUGAGGGAGGCAAAAGAAGAGAUCGAGUAUUCAGAUUACGUUAUUCCGAAAGGAUGUUUCGUUGUUCCAUUUCUUUCUGCUGUACAUUUGGACGAGACUAUAUAUCGAGAAGCUUCAACUUUCAACCCUUGGAGAUGGAUGGAGCUUAAGAAUCAGGAAAUGAGAAACUGGAGGAGUAGCCCAUUCUUUGCUCCAUUCGGGGGAGGUGCUAGAUUAUGUCCUGGAGCAGAAUUGGCCCGCCUCCAAAUUGCUCUAUUUCUCCACCACUUUGUUACCAAGUAUAGGUGGACCCAAAUUAAAGGAGAUAGGAUGUCUUUUUUUCCCUCUGCUCGCCUAGUCAACGGCUUCCAAAUUCGCUUGAACACAUCCCAACACUGACAUCUGACUUUCAAAUGAAUGAAGCACCCAUCAAUGUUUCUUCCUUCGUCUUCUACUUUACUUAUUUCUUGCCUAAAUGAGUGUAGUUGAAUAUGUGCACAUUUGUACUGUAAUGUUCAAGAUUAUUAUAAUUUUG